UUAUAGUAUGGCCGCUCAUUACUAUCAAUUAUCUGUUAUCAGUAAUUGGUGGUCCAAAAUAUUCGUGCCUGGUGGUCAAAUACCACAGUAAAUGCUCAAAGUAAUACAAUAUACAAUUAGUUAUUCAACUAUUAAAUCUAUUUACUGUAAACGAUAAACAUUUCUGCUUUCUGAUAUAUUUUUAAAAUUAAAAUGCCGACGCUCUGUGCCAUUGUUGGGUGUUCUAAUAAAACAACAAACAAAAAUAUCUCUUUCUAUCGUUUUCCAAAAGUUAAGAUGAAUGCUGCGUCAGACCUGAAAAUGAAAAUGAAUAAACAGCAAAAUGCUUGGUUGAAAUCAUUACGCAGACUUGAUCUAGCAAAUAAAAAUAUUGACUACAUGCGUGUAUGUUCUGCUCAUUUUAAAUCUGGUAAACCAGCCAAAUACCAAGACGAAAAUGAUCCAGAUUGGUGUCCAACAUUAAAUAUGGGUUAUUGUGUUACUAGGGGUGUAGCUACUUCUCCAGUCAUGAAAAGGAUUUAG